AUGGAUGCAAUUAGAAAGCAAGCCACGCGACUCAGGGAACAGGUCGCUCGGCAACAGCAAGCUGUUUUCAAACAGUUUGGUGGGGGCUUUGGAGGUUCAGAAUAUGCUGGAACAGAUGAAUCUGAACUCCACCAGCAUCAGAAACUGGAAAAACUUUACAUAUCCACUCGUGCUGCCAAGCAUUUCCAAAGGGAUAUUGUCCGUGGUGUUGAGAAUUACAUUGUUACAGGGUCCAAACAAGUUGAGAUAGGAAGUAAACUGUCAGAAGAAAGCAGGAAGUAUGGAUCUGAAAAUACAUGUACAAGUGGUGCUACAUUAUCAAAAGCUGCAUUAUGUUUUUCAAGAGCUCUUGUCCAAAUGGAGAAGGAGCGUGGAAAUCUAUUGAAAGCCCUGGGCACACAGGUUGCUGAACCAUUAAGAGCUAUGGUAAUGGGUGCUCCACUUGAAGAUGCUCGGCAUCUAGCACAACGAUAUGAUAGAAUGCGGCAAGAGACGGAAGCACAGGCUGUUGAAGUAUCCAAACGACAAGCAAAACUGAGGGAGGGAAAUGGCAAUCCUGACAUUGCUAUGAAACUGGAAGCUGCUGAAGCAAAAUUACAUGAUCUGAAGUCAAAUACUGCUAUAUUGGGAAAGGAAGCUUCUUCAGCAAUGGCAGCUGUAGAAGCACAGCAGCAGAGAUUGACAUUACAGCGUUUAAUUGCCAUGGUUGAAUCUGAACGAGCUUACCAUAAAAAAGUGCUUCAGAUACUUGAUCAACUAGAAGCAGAGAUGACGUCAGAGCGCCAAAGGAUUGAAGCUCCUGCUCCUAGUGUCGAGAGUAUGCCUCCGCCUCCAUCAUAUGAAGAAGUAAAUGGUGUAUCAACUUCUCCAAUGCAAAAUGGCUCAACUGAUAGCAUGGGCUAUUUUCUUGCAGAAGCAAUGUUUUCAUAUCAUGCUGAAUCUGAUGUGGAGCUUAAUUUGUCAGCUGGAGAUUAUAUCGUUGUUCGAAAGGUUUCAAAUAAUGGCUGGGCUGAAGGUGAAUGCAAAGGCAAAGCUGGAUGGUUCCCUUAUGGUUACAUUGAGAGAAGGGAACGCGUACUUGCUAGUAAGGUUGUGGGUGAAGUUUUCUAAAUCUGUGUGUUCAUUUAUGUUGUGCUAUAAUGUUUGUGCAGUAUUACAACAUUUUCUCCAAUUUCAUAUAAGAUCGGUUUACUAUUAUUUGUUUUUGGAACCAGUGUUUUUAUUUUAUUUUUAUUCUUGUAUAUGAUUCUUGCACUUUCCUAUGGUUUAUAUUUUUGUUGCUUGACA